AGACGCGUUCGGGUGAGAGAGUUUCGCUUUUUGUUUUUGGUUUAAAAGCCGGAUUUCGCAGCCCAGAAGCCUCCUGUCCUCCACACCUGCGGUUCAGUUCUAAAUUUGGACCACCUAGUUCAGGAGCUGUCUCUGCCAUUUCUUAGCAGUGUGACCUGAGGUGCUGUUGACCUUCAGGGAUGUGGCCAUCAAAUUCUCCCAGGAGGAGUGGGAAUGCCUGGACCCUGGUCAGAGGGCCUUGUACAGGGAUGUGAUGUUGGAGACCUACAGGAACCUGCUCUCCCUGGAUAUCGCUACUCGAUGUGUGAUCAAGGAAUUGUCACCAAAAGAGGAUAUUAACAAAGGAGAAUUAUUCCCAACAUUGAUGUUGGGAAGACACAAAAGAAAUGACAUCAAGGAUUUUGAUUUCAGGGAAGUCCAGCAAAAUAUGCGUGAGUUUGAAGGUCAUUGUGGAUAUGAUGAAACAAAUUACAAAGGAGUUAUUACAACCUACAACAAAAAUCUCACUAGUAGAAGAGAUCAACAACAGAACAAAUCCUGGAAUGAUUUCCCUCUAAAGCAGAGUGUAUCUGUAAGAAAAAGUACUUCUCAAUAUUAUAAACAUGAGAAGUCAUAUAUAAGGUAUUUGUUAAAACUAAAAAAUAACAUAACCUAUGCAGAAAACACAUAUAUAACAUGUUUUGAGAAUGAAGUUGGAUUAAGGUUUCAGUCUCAUCUGGCUGAACUUCAGAAGUUUCAAACCAAAGAGAAAGUUUAUAAAUGCAACCAAGUUGAGAAGUUGAUCAACAAUAGUUGUUCUGCUCCACCACUUCAAAGAAUUCUUCCUAGUGUCAGCAUCAACAUUUGUAAUAAAUCUGGGAAAAUUUUUGUACAUCCUUCAUUACUUACACAACAUCAGAGAGCACAUAUUACUGAAAAGCCUUACAAAUGUAAUGAUUGUGGGAAAGCUUUUAGAGAAGGCUCAAACCUCACUAGUCAUCAGAGAAUUCAUUCUGGGCAGAGACCUUACAAAUGUAAUGAGUGUGAUAAAGCCUUUAUGCAAUUUGCAAACCUUGCUAGACAUCGGAGAAUCCAUACCAAAGAGAAACCCUAUAAGUGUAAUAUAUGUGGCAAGAGCUGUAGUCAGAAUUCAAAUCUUGCAAGUCAUCAGAAAAUUCAUACUGGAGAGAAACCUUACAAAUGUAGUGAGUGUGGCAAAGCUUUUUCUGGGCAUUCAAGCCUAACUCAACAUAAGAGAAUCCAUACUGGAGAGAAACCUUAUAAAUGUAACGAAUGUGGGAAGGCUUUUAGAGGAAGCUCGAAUCUCACUAAUUAUCAGAGAAUUCAUUCGGGGCAGAGACCUUACAAAUGUAAUGAGUGUGACAAAUCCUUUAACCGAGUCUCACACCUCACCAGACACCAGAGAAUCCAUACGGGAGAGAAACCAUAUAAAUGUAGUGUAUGUGGCAAGGUCUGUAGUCAACAUUCAAAUCUUGUAAUUCACCAGAGAAUUCAUACAGGAGAGAAACCUUACAGAUGUAAUGAGUGUGGCAAAGGCUUUAUGGAGCGUUCAAGCCUUACUCAACAUAAGAGAAUCCAUAGUGGAGAAAAGCCUUACAAAUGUAAGGAAUGUGGCAAAGCCUUUAACCAGUCCUCUAACCUUGUCAUACAUCAGAUAAUUCAUACUGGAGAGAAGCCUUACAAAUGUAAUGAGUGUGGCAAAGCCUUUAAUGUGUGUUCAAGCCUUAGCCGACAUCAAAGAAUCCAUACAGGGGAGAAGCCUUACAGAUGUAAUGAGUGCGGCAAGGCAUUUAGCCAAUUUGCAAACCUUACUAGACAUCAGAAAAUGCAUACUGAAAAGAAACUUUGUAAACCUAAUAUACGUAGUAAUGCUUUUAUCCAAAGAUCAUGCAUUGGAGAUCAUCAGAUAAUUCAUAGUGGAGAGAAACCUCACAAAUGUAAUGUGUGUGGCAAAACCUUUUAUGCAUAUUCAAGCCUUACUCGACAUCAAAGAGUCCACACUGAAUAGAAACCAUAUAAAAGUCAUGUAUUUGGCAAAGCCUCUAAGUAGGGCUCACACUUAACUAGACAACAGAAUAUACAUCUUUGAAAGAAAGCACAUAAAUGUAAUGGGUAUGGCAGGGCUUUUAUCCAAAGAUCAAGCCUUAUGUAAUGUUAGAAUUCCUCCUGGAGAGAAACUUUAUAAAUGUAAUGAAUGAGUUAAGCUUUUAUCAAAUGUUCACACUUUUGGGGUCAUGAGACGAUUCACAUCAGAGAGAAAACAUACGGUCUAACCUUAGGAUUCACCACAGAAUUUAUAUUGUAGAAAAAUCUUAGAAGUAAUGAAUAUGAUAAACUGUUUCACCAUUUUCUCACAACACGCUGCACAUCAAAUUCAUACUAGAGGAAAUUAAGUUCUUAUCAGAGGUUAUUCACGUUAAAUUCUGCUUAGUAAUGAAAAAUCAAAAUCAUAAAGUUACAAGGAUACCUGUGGAAAAGUUCUGUGAUCUUAAUUUAGUAAGUAUUUAUUUGAGAUUUCUUGAAAAGGCUGUUUUACUGUUUGAUGGCUUUCAACCUGAGUUUUGAAAUCUGUUUAUUUUAUGCCUUCGUUACUGUUGUUUUGUAUGUCACCAUGAAGGUCUCUGGGAAGGAUUUAAUCAGAUGGAAGAACAUCCUUCCUUGGGUGAGGCUCAUGUUCAAAGUUUCCUGAAAGAGCGAGAACACUGAAUUUAUGAGACAAUACAGUAUAAAUUUGAAUGAGGGCUUUGUGGCAUAUAAUAGAUGUAAAACUAUGAUCUAAGUCAUCAUGAUUAAUGUAUUAUGGGCUCUCUUCUUCAGUUUUGUUGGUAUGGGGUUUUUAUGGUGAUAUGGGUGGGGCUGAAGAGAGGGUAUCUGAAUGUGGUUCAAACUUUCCACCAGUGCCAAAGAAAGGAGACCCAGGCUUUCUAAUCAUCUUGCCUAAGUUAGGUAGAAUGGGAAGAGGGGCGGGAGACUUAAAAGCUGUUAGUAGUCAAAUAAUAAAAAAUGAAUUCAAGAGUAAUUCAACACUGAAUGUUUACUCUUGAAGUUUCUUACUCCUUGGUCGGGAAAGACCACAAUUUUCCUCAUGUUAAUAAUUGUGUACACAUUCUUUUCUGUUGCACAUAUAGGAUCCUUUAUACAAUAUAGUUGUUGAAAGUGUUUGUGAAAUACUGUUUAGGUAAACUGCCUGUGGUAUUUUUAUGGUAGUUUCAUGAAAGUAAUGUGUAGAAAUGUUUAUCAGACAAUAAAUAUGAUUUAAUAAUUUUAUUAGGAGAGCAAGUUUUCAAAAGCUAUAAAAAUCUCAAUUGGAGAUUAUGGUAAUAAGGCUUAUGGUUCAUAGUUCUUUUUCAACUGUGUUAAAAUUUACUUUUAUGUUCUUAUAAAAUUUUUCCUUACCACUUUUUUCCUCACAGCUUUUAAAUUAAUUUAUAUAUCUAGUUUACAUUUCACCUCUAUAGUCAGUAAAACAUUUGGAGGAUACAUAGACAAAGUGGUUUUUAAAAAAUAAUUAAUUAAUUACUUUAAUUUUUGGCUGUGUUGGGUCUUCGUUGCUGUGCGCAGGCUUUCUCUAGUUGCAGCAAGCAGGGGGCUACUCUUUGUUGCUGUGUGCAGGUUUCUUGUUGUGGUGGCUUCUCUUGUGGAGCACAGGUUCUAGGCACACAGGCUUAAGUAGUUGUGACACGCGGGUAGAAUGCAGGCUCAGUAGUUGCGGUGCAUGGGCUUAGUUGCUCUGCAGCAUGUGGGGUCUUCCCGGAUCAGGAAUCUAACCCAUGUCCCCUGCAUUGGCAGGCAGAUCCUUAACCACUGCGCCACCAGGGAAGUCUGACAAAGUAGUUAUUUUGAAACUUUCACAGCGCAAGAUAGUGAUCAUAUAACAAUGUUAGAUACAAAGUAGGUGAUCUAUGAACGUGAAGAAAGAGGGUCUUUUAUGUCAGUGCAGUGAAAGAACUGGAAUGAUACAGGAUGAUGAAUUGAAAUCUUGUAAUUUGGAGGCAGGAGACCUAUUGCUAUCCUAGAAGUCGUACUGGAAUUUUGGUUAAAAUUAUGCUUAUUUUACCUUAAGAUUAUCUCAAAUUAUUUCCCUUCUUGCCAUUAUUAUUACUACCGUCGUCACUUGAUUCCGUUGUUGCAGUGAAUACUAAGCCCUGUAUCUCCAAGGUGUUGCAGACCAGAGUCAGUAGAUCAGAACGUUUUUCUGAAUUCAAUGUAAAUAUUAGAUUUUUGGUUCAUUUUAUUUAUAUGUAAUUCACAUGACAUGAAAUUGACCCCUUGACAGUGUACAAUUAAGUGGGUUUUGUGUAUUCACAAUUUUGUAAAACCAUCAGCCCCAAUUCCAGGACAUUUUCAUCACCCCCUCCAAAGAAACCCCAUACCCUUUAGCACUCCUCACUCCCACUCAUUGGAAACUACUAAUGUAAUUUCUGUCCCUAUGUAUGUUCUUAUCCUGGAUAUUUCAUAUAAGUGAAAUCUGUACGUGGCCUCUGUCUCUACCUUCUUUCACUGAAAAUAUUUUCUUUUAGAAAAAAAUUUCCAGACUUAUCCAUGUUGUAACAUGUAUCGUUACUUGAUUUCUU